AUGGCAAGCACUUCCGCUAUGAUGGCCUGGCGAACCGGUCUUCGGGCCCGCCUGAUGCCAGUAAGCCGAUUGUCGCAACGCCCAGGUCUGUUCCCGAAGCGGGCUGGCCAAUGCCCCGGUUUCACACGAUAUGCGUCGAACUCGACGGCCUCUGCUACUCAGGCUGCGUCGGCACCCUCAGAAGCUGUUAAGGAAGUGGCUAAGGCCGUUCCCAAGAAAACUCGUCGUUCCCGGAAGGGUCUAUACAGCUCAAUUGCUGCUUUGUUGUUCGUGGGCUAUGUAUACGGGCUUGAUACUCGGGCGAGUAUUCACCGAUAUGCCGUCGUACCUUUGAUCCGACUUCUCUACCCAGAUGCUGAGGAUGCUCACCAUUUCGGUGUCGAGAACUUGAAGUUCCUCUACCGUUUUGGGCUGCACCCGCGGGAGCGAGGCAACCCCGAUAGCGAUGGUGCUCUGGCUACAGAGGUCUUUGGUUACACUCUGGCCAACCCCAUAGGUAUCUCCGCCGGUCUGGACAAGCACGCCGACAUCCCCGAUGCUCUAUUUGCCCUGGGUCCUGCCAUUGUCGAAGUCGGCGGCACCACUCCCCUCCCUCAAGAUGGAAACCCUAAGCCGCGCGUAUUCCGCCUUCCUUCUCAACGCGCAAUGAUCAACCGAUACGGACUCAACUCCAAGGGUGCCGACCACAUGGCUGCUGUCCUUGAGCAGCGCGUCCGCGACUUUGCCUUCGCCGCUGGUUUCGGAGACCAUGACGAUGCCGCGCACCGUGUACUAAACGGUGACGCUAACGUGCCGCCAGGCAGUCUGGUCCCGGGCAAGCUUCUUGCUGUGCAAGUAGCCAAGAACAAGCUGACCCCGGACGGCGACAUUGAAGCCAUCAAGCGCGACUACGUCUAUUGCGUGGACCGGGUCGCUCCCUACGCCGAUAUCCUCGUCGUGAAUGUCUCCAGUCCCAACACCCCCGGCCUCCGGGAUCUACAGGCCGCAGCUCCCCUGACCGCCAUCCUCAGCGCCGUCGUUGAUUCCGCGAAGAGCAUCCAGCGAAAGACCAAGCCCUUCGUCAUGGUAAAGGUCAGCCCCGACGAAGACUCCGAGGAGCAACUCUCUGGCAUCUGUGAGGCAGUCUGGAAGUCCGGCGUCGACGGCGUUAUCGUCGGCAACACCACCAACCGCCGCCCCGCGCCGGUGCCUAGCGGCUUCGAGCUCCCCGAGGCAGAGCAGCAGAUUCUCAAAGAGACCGGCGGAUACUCCGGCCCGCAGCUGUUCGAGCGCGACGUAGCCCUCGUCGCCCGCUACCGACAGAUGCUCGACCAAGGCCCAGCGCAGCCCGAGGCUGCUUCGGAGGGCGAGAAGGCAGAGCAGGCUGUCGCACCGGCGACGCAGCCCCGCAAGGUGCUCUUCGCAUCCGGCGGUAUUACUAACGGUGCCCAGGCGCGCGCGGCAUUGGACGCUGGUGCUUCCGUUGCGAUGAUGUACACUGGGAUCGUAUACGGGGGUGUCGGUACGGUGACGCGGGUGAAGCAAGAGAUGCGCGAGCUGCAAAAGGGAGAAAAAUGA